CUGCUGUUCAGACUCAAACACUCACAGAAGUAUCAUCACUGGAGGAUCAUGAAGGUAACCUGGAGGACAAAAAUCUGAUCUGUUUUAUGUGAAACUGGUUCUGGUGUGCUGGAUUUAUGACUGAUGGCCUCUAUGUGAAGCACGAGGAGUCGUCAUGGCAGACUUUUGGUUGAUUUCUGUCCCACUGGACAAGACCAGUUUAACCAGCGUGGAGAAACUGAAGCACACCAUUACUAAAACCCACCUGGGCUCAUGCUGGAGGUUCUCCAUCCCAGAUCUGAAGGUGGGGAUUCUGGACAGUCUGGUCAGAGUGUCAGAUGAUCUGUCAAAACUCGACGUGCUGACUGAAAGUUUGAUCAAAAAAACCUGCCAGUGCUUGAAGGAGGUGAUGGAGCCAACUGGGGACAAAGUUCAGGAACAUGACUUAGCCAACGGAGAUCACAGGAUGAAUCAAAAGAGUGCAACUCUGUCACCACUAAAAACUUACCUCGCAUCUCUGAGAGUGGACCUGAUGAACCGGGUCACCAAAUUUCAGUGGGACAAAGCCAAGUAUCCCACAGCUCUGCCGCUCUCCACCCUGACAGAUAUCAUCAACAAGGAAAUAUCACAGGUGGAGACUGAGCUAAGAUCCCGAGCGACAACCUACAACAGCCUAAAAGCCUCCUUGCAAAGCCUUGAACUCAAUCUAAAUGGAAAUUUGCAAACUCGCAGUCUGAAUGAUGUUUUGAGGAAAGACGACCUGGUUGUCUCUGAGUAUCUAACAACUCUGUUGGUGGUGGUGAGCAGAGAAAAAUAUCUGCAGUGGGAGAAAAGCUAUGAAUCCCUGUCAGAGUUUGUGGUUCCACGGUCGAGCAGGAAGAUUUUUGAGGAUGGAGACGGGGGAAUCUUUACAGUGACGCUUUUCAAGCGAGCUGUGUGUAAAUUCAAAGCCAAAGCUCAGGAGAGCAAGUUCAUUGUGCGGGACUACAGCUUUGAUGUAGAGGAGAGGAAGCAACAGGAGAUCAUGAAGCUCACUGUUCAUAAAAAGGAUCAGUAUGGGAUCUUUGUGCGUUGGCUGAAGGUGAAUUUCAUUCAGGUGUUCAUCGCCUGGAUUCACUUGAAAGCAUUGAGAGUUUUCGUGGAAUCAGUGCUCAGGUAUGGACUACCUGUGAACUAUCAGGCUUUACUCCUGGAAACGGACAGGAAGCGUUCAAAGAAGCUGAAGGAGGAACUUUCCUCACUGUUUGUACAUUUGGACCCCACUGCCAGCAUGAAGGAGGUGAGCUGUGACAUCCCAGGGCUCUGCCAGCAGGAAUACUCCUCCUACAUCUGCUUCCACAUCGGCACCAACAUGCUGGAGAUUAGCGAGCCGUCAACAACAUGACCCGACAGACAAGCAGCACUUAAUCGACUUCAGGCAGUCAGGGCCUGAAAGGCAGCGUUAUUAUAAAAAGCUACCUGUCUCAGAACAACAUCUUGCACAUAAUAAUGAGCUGUGUACAUAAAAACCUCAUAUUUUUUGGAGGAAAGAAGUGUAAAUAUUAUCUUCAGGGAAUGGAUGUCACAUUCUGGUCACAAGAAUUCUUAACUUUGUAAAUAACUGAAUGUUUUCUAGGGAUCUGAAGCUUCCAAUUGGCUCCUUGGGCAAAGUUGUUUAAAAAGCCUGGAAAUUAAAUUAAGCUUUUUAUUGCAGCUGGAUAUACUUACACUGAAAAAUAA